GCGGCCGAUGGACAUGGGCACGCAGGGCUCGGGGCGCAAGCGGCUCCCCAACCGCGAGCGGCUGACGGCGGAGGACGACGCGCUGAACCAGAUCGCGCGCGAGGCGGAGGCGAGGCUGGCUGCGAAGCGUGCGGCCCGCGCCGAGGCUCGAGAGAUCAGAAUGAAGGAGCUGGAACGGCAGCAGAAAGAGAUCUACCAGGUUCAAAAGAAAUAUUAUGGGCUGGAUACAAAAUGGGGUGACAUCGAGCAGUGGAUGGAAGACAGUGAGCGCUAUUCACGUAGAUCCAGGAGAAACACAUCGGCUUCUGAUGAAGAUGAGCGCAUGUCAGUGGGUAGUCGUGGAAGUCUGAGGUCGCAGCCUGACUUGGAGUAUGGGGGUCCUUACGCCUGGGCAAAUGGUUAUGAUGGAGAGAUAUAUGGAUCACAGUCCCUGAAUAGAAGAUCUGGCAGGAACUCCAGCUACGGCGGUGAGGGCAGACUCUCUGCCCUGUCAUCUUCCAGAGAGGAGACGUUGGGACUCUCCCGCUCCGACCUCGGGCUUCCUGGUGCUGGUCUUGCUCCCAAAGCCUUGUCUGCCCAGAGUGGAAACCGGCCCUCCUAUCUGUACAGUGCUGUCCGGCCUGCUGGGAGUUACCUGGCGUCUGUUUUCGAUGACAGCAGCCUCCUCGGCGGGGCUCGGCGGGGCAGUGCCUCCAGUUCCUAUGCUCCCUCGGAGCACGGCGGCCACCUCAACUCCAGCUCCCGAGCCUCGUCCAGAGCCAGCUCGGCGCGGGCCAGCCCAGUGGUUGAAGAGAGACCAGAGAAAGAUUUCACCGAGAAGGGCUCGCGUAGCCUGCCCGGGCUGUCUGCAGCCACCCUGGCCUCCCUGGGCGGGACCUCCUCUCGGAGGGGAAGUGGGGACACGUCCAUCUCUGUUGACACCGAGGCAUCCAUUAGGGAAAUCAAGGAACUGAAUGAGUUAAAGGACCAGAUUCAGGACGUAGAAGGCAAAUACAUGCAGGGGUUGAAAGAGAUGAAGGACUCCCUAGCCGAAGUUGAAGAGAAGUAUAAGAAGGCUAUGGUUUCCAAUGCUCAGCUGGACAAUGAAAAGACGAACUUCCUGUACCAGGUUGAUACCCUAAAGGACAUGUUGCUGGAGCUGGAAGAGCAGCUGGCCGAGUCCAGGCGGCAGUAUGAAGAGAAAAACAAAGAGUUUGAGAGGGAAAAGCACGCCCACAGCGUCCUGCAGUUCCAGUUUGCCGAAGUCAAGGAGGCCUUAAAGCAGCGGGAGGACUUGCUGGAGAAACAUGGCAUAGUCCUAAAUUCAGAGCUACCUAGCAAUGGAGAGGCUUCAGACACUCUAAAUAACGUCGGACACCAAGGUCCUUCCAAGAUAACGAAAGAAGAGUUAAACGCCCUCAAGACGGCAGGGGACGGGACGCUAGGAAGAGCCAGAGAAGUGGAGGUGAAAAGUGAAAUGGUGGAGAAUGUGGGGAAAAAAGAAAUCUUGCAGAAUACUGAGCAAGAACAGCACAAAGAGGACCCAGCCCAGGAGUGUGUGGACACAGAGGUGUCCCAUCCUGGUGAAAAUGCCGAGGACCAGAAAGCCUCUGGAGACAGCGCCCCCUCCCUGGGAGUAUUAGCAGAUGCUGCGAAUGAGGAACAGGCUGAAAACCAGGCUCUAGAGAACCCUUCCUUCCUUGAGAAUACAGAGCAGACUGAGUCCGACGAGGUCAUAAACACACCAGACGAUAGGACUGGGGCUUCCCUUGAGUGGUCCGAAUGUUUGAGUGAAUUAGACGGUGAAAUCCCAGGUCCUGGGACUGGGCAGGAUGGCCACGAUGCCUUGGAUAUCAAAAUCCACAGUAAGGAAUCUGCAGAAAGCCAGGAAGACUCGAAAACCAACUUGGGAGAGGGUAGCACAAAGCCACGUCAAGAACCCACUCCUCUGCAGCCAUCUGAACAUGGGGGGCUGGGCAGCGCAGACCCCGGGGAGCAAGGUGGGAGCCCCACGGCAGGUGUGGUGGAGGCAGGGCUAGUGGGGCUUGGGGAGCAGGUGGGCGCAGAAGCCUCCAGCCCUGUAGCGUGCAGUGAGGACAGCGUGAGUCAUGAUGAAACGUGUGCAGCAGAAGCCCCCACAGAGCUGGGCCCAAGCCCAGGGCAGGAUCGAGAGAAAGAGCUCUCCGGGCAGGAAGCUGCUGAGCCCCAGGAGCUCCCGGGUCAGACCACAGCGGUAGGUGGGGAGAAUGACGAAAAGGAGGAUGAGGAAAGGGGGUUGAGGGAUGAGGAACCAAGCCAGACAGAAGUGCAGAACAUUCCUAGUUGUCCGGAGGCUGAAGGCAGUCCACAGGGCACCACGGGUCCAGCUGCGGCAGGUGCUGAAAACGAACCCCUAGAUGUGAAAGAACCCGAGGAAGAAACGAGUGACCAACAGGGAGAGGCACUGGAUUCAUCACAGAAGAAGACAAAGAACAAGAAGAGGAAAAACAAGAAGAAAAAACCAGCGGCGCCUGUAGAAACCCUUAAAGAUGCUAAGAAAGAGUUAACAUUUCAGGACUCAGAUUUAAGUGAAGUGAAGGGAGACGAGCAGGUGGCUCUCACUGACGGAAAACCAUCUGUAGAAGCACAAAAUGAGGUAACUGAAAGUCCAGAAGAGGAAAGUGUAGCGGGAAGUGGUGAAAACGUUGAUUAUCCAGAAAAUCCUAAAAUUGAGUUGGAUGAAAAACUUAACCAAGAAGACAAUGAUGUAAACACUAAGGGUGGGGAAGAAACAGCAGAUGGCGACACAUUAGGUUUGGGGGAUGACCCAACCCAGUCACCAGGCACCAGUGCCGGCGACAAGGAGCUAGAGGAAGCCAUGACCAAAGACGACGCUACAGAAGAUGGCGGCGCUCACAGCGGUCCUCCAGAGCCAGGGAGCGGAGAAGCGUCCAGCAGCGCCGGGCUGGAGAGUGAAGGUCCCUUCAAGGACAGUGAGGAUGCCCCUCAAGCAGGAAGUAUAGAGUGGCGUGAGACGGCAGAGGGUCCCAGUCAGAGAGUCAGGAAGGCUGUAGAAAGUGAUGACUUAGCGCCCACGGGAGAGCUGGGAGCCUGCGCUUCAGAAGGCCGAGACGAGCCAGGAGCCAGAAGCGAGAAGGGCAGAGGCAAGGAAGAGUGUACCAUGUCGUAGGUGGACGGGGCCAAGGGCAGCCCAGGAAGCCCAGCUGUCGGAGGCUCGUCUGCUGCCUCCACAGGUGAGCUUCCUAGAAUGUUCCACGUUGAGAUGACACGCCGUAGGACAAUCAACCACCAAGCUCUACCACGUUGAGUUAGAGACUGUUACUGGUAGCGGAGUCUUCCUCAUUAAGGUGAUCACCCAGAUUAGAAAGAAAGACGCAUCUGUAAUCAGUGGAAGUUCCGAGGAGAGCACUCCGGCGUGUCAGACGAUGGUGUCCGGCCGUGUCUCUGCUUACGACCCAAAUGAAGCCAUUUAGCACCUGCCUUAGGCUGAUACUCUGGACCAAAUACAUCGGCAUCCAAUUGAAAUGACCAAAUGGCAUUCUGAGAUUUGUGAGUAUAGUCGAUAUUUAAAUUAAUGUGUCUUCAUUCAAAUAUAUGUCCUUUCAUAUUUGAUUUUGAUGUGUACGGUUUUUUUUUUUUAAAGGAGAUAAAUGGCCAAAUAGCGUAUAGGUCACUGAGUGAUAAGAUUUGCACCUUAGGACAGUAAUAAUCAUGUUAGGGGUAAGAAUUAAAUAUCUUAAAAAGCACUGGGAGAGCUUACUUCCCUUUACCUCAUAUAAGUGUUUUAUUUCAAACUGAUGCUUCUGAUAUCAUUGUUGGUGAUACCUGAAUUUAUUUUGUAGAUUUUGACUUCACUUCAUGCUGAUUAUGUACCAAAGUCAUUUUACACAAAGUUUUUUUGUUGUUGUUUUUUGGGUUUUUUUAAUUUGUUUCUGGAAGAGACAUACAUUGAAAUUGCACUUCCUAAUGCAGUUUUUGUGCAGGGAGACCAUUUAUAAAAUUUAUUUUUUUAGCCUUUAAAUUACUUCUCUUUUUAUUUGUCUUUCAUUUGAAAGAAGAAUACAAAAGGUACCGUUCUCGUGCAAACUGCUAAUUGGACUAUACAGGAUAUUUUAAAUAGUUGAAUCACUUUUGGUAUUUUGGUAUAAAUAUUUUCAUUUGUUGUAUCUCAAUUGGAAAAUUCUUGAUUUGAUAUUCCUGAAGGAAAUAUAUAUUUUCUAUACAAGGAAGCAUUUUUAAAGAUAAUCGUAAAGUUAAAUUUAAAAAAUUGUAAAAUACUAGAAUCACAAAGGACUGUACAUUAUGAAUGCUGUUGACACUUUAUGAGAUUAUAUGAAUUCAUGUCACUGUUACAAGGUAUAAUUAAGUGCAAAAAAGACCAAAACCUCAAUAAAAUUUGAGGCAAGCCUAAGUGUUACUAUGUAAUUGAAAUAAAAACAUUUUAUAAUUUCA